GGAGAACACCGAUAUUUUAAAACUUUUACGACAAAUUCGUGAACUUUAAGGAGGUUAACUGAAAUUUGUGCAGGACUGCCAAUAGGAAGGAAAGCUAGGAAUCCCGAACAGAAGAUCUCCCCAGCGCAGGCUUCUCUUUGGGUCUCCAGUCUCCUGCUCUCGUCUCCCGGUCCCGAUCAUAACGAUGAUCUUUGUCGAUGGCCUUCCCAUCUCCCAACCCCGAUCCCGAUCCCAGGGAAGGGAAAUCUUAGCUUACUUGUUGGAGCAUCCGGCCGUUGUCUCCUCCUCAGAUCGCCUGAAGGACUCUCCGGAGACAAGGGUCUCCUCCGCCGACCGUUCUCUGCUCGGCCGCUUCGUCUACGUCUUCCAGCGAGAGUACGCCACCGUGGAUCCCGACAUCGUCCAGCUGGCGGGCACGGACGAGGCGACCACUUGUGUCGGCCUUGUGAUCCGCAGUAGGAACAGCGGAAUGACCUCUGUCAGCCAUAUGGAUUUUCCGGGCGUGGUUAGCAAUGGCCUCGAGCAAAUGAUGUCGUCCAUUGUCGUCAAUGAUAACCCAGGAGAUACUGCUUUUGAUGUUCAUCUCAUAGGGGGCUUUGAUGAUAGGCCUAAAAAGCAUUCAAGUGACGAAGUUACAUCAGAAAGAAAGCAGAAAAAAGAAGGUUUCUCUUUGCCUCUAUGCUCAAAGAUGGUUGAAGCUUUGCAAGAUAGCCAGUGGAAGUUUCACCUGCAAACUUUAUGUGUCCUCAAGCAUAACACUAAAAUAGAUUCAAUGGGAAAUGCUUGCCCAGUCAUCAGUGGCAUUCUGGUAGAUACUUCAUCUGGAUCAGUCAUGCCUGCUAGCUUCGAUCGAAGUUCAAGAGGUCCAGAUGAGAUUGUUAGGAGAAUUCGGCUGACUGUAUGCUCCAAAGAUCCUAAGUGGAAAGGAAAGUUAUUGGAGACUUAUGACACCAGUCGUGACAGAUUUGAACUUGUCCCUUUCACAUGGGUGCCUGAUUGGAGGCUUUAUGCUUUGUCUCUGCAAGAACUUUCUGAUUCGGAAUAUCUCUUAGGGUGUUCGACCUCUCCCUUUGCUGAGGGUCCUGAUUUUGUGGAAAAUGAAAGAAGGAAAUGGGACUACUUGAUCAAGAAUCCAGAUUGGAGAUAUACCUUUGUCAAUAAGCAGCCGCGAAUCUUUCAGAGAACUGAAGAUGGAGGGUGGUUACGAUGCGGAUAACAUAUGUUUCGGAUAUACUGGACUUCGAAACUUGUUUCGAAACCAUUCAUUCUGUAUUGAGCUGUGGAUGCAUUAUUUGUGGGGGAUUUUCAGAGUGACGAAUGUGUUUGUUUUACAUUAUCAUAAGCGUGUUAUACAUUAAGGUUUCAUUUUAAUGUCUGGAGGUUUCAGAGUCA